GCCAUACCAGCCCCUGAACUGAAAUACGCAGCAGCUUUUCCGAUUCGAAAAUGUUGGUUGAAGGUUGGAUCUUCUUUAUGGAUUUUGGAAACGUUCUGCUCUUGUUUAUUAUUUGCAUCAUCUCCGUGGUUAUACUUGUUCUAUCGCCAAAUGCAGGCAAGAGAAGUUCACAGACUUCUCCAUUGGGACCAGCUGAAACCACAAACCAAACAGCUGUCCAUGGCAACGGGAACGUAACCGUCAGUACUGGUAGUGGCAGUACAGUCACGAUCACAAUGGUGACAUAUCCUCAGGAUACACAAGCACCAAGAGAGGAUCAUGAUUCCACAGAAACAAAACCCACCUCCGAGCAUGAAGGGCAAGGCACGGCACUUGUUCCGAGCAAGGCACUUGUUCCCCUUGUGCCCAAACCUGUCGAUAGACCCCAAAGAUGGUACAGCAAAACAUUCUUCAAGCUCAUUGAUGACCUGGCAAAACUGUCCACAGAAGGAAAGAUACUGGAAUGCUACAGCAUUGUUAUGAAGCUCAUGAAGACAAAGACAGACCCAGACUCCCAAGUAACCCUCCGCCAUGCUGCAACCUUCAAUGCCAUCAACGAGGGAGACAUCAAGAAGGCCAACCGUCUGCUCCGCGAAGUUACGACAUUCCUCCCCGAGACAAUCCACGAGACAGAGCACAGACUGUGGUGGAGCCGUCUGAAGUCUCUAGCCAAGAUGAGAGAAGGGAAGUGCGAAGUGGGGAUUAUCUUUGCAAAGGAAACCCUUCCCUUGUUAGACAGGAUGACACCUGGCAGUGUUACAGGGUGGGUGCUCCAUAACCAUGCCCGGCUCAUCAGAGAGAUAGCCACAAGUCAAGAUGAUGACGAUGACAGACGACUGUUGAUGAAGAUGGCAGAGAAACAUUUCCACCAUGCUAUUGAGCAUACAGAAAACGAGCACCCCAAACACAUGAUCCACUCACAGUCACGAGUGCCUCAGUUUGCCAAAAUAAGUCUGGCCUUUUUAUACCUUGGCUGUAUGGUAACAGGAGACACCUUCAGGUUAGGAAGCUCAGACAUCUUCUUGGAUGACAUAAGGAAGGCCAAGAAUGUAAUUGCUUCACUAGACAAGGAAGGAAUGGCGAGCAAUUCAUUUAAGUUUUGGCUAAUGAUGGCUAAAACCUGCCUGCACUGCAGGCUGGGUAGUUACCAACAGGCCUAUGACCUGGCCCAAAAUGCCAAAGUCUUUGCUGCCAAACAUUCUUUUGGUAGUUUUGUUAAGCUUGCAGACAACACUGUGCAGUAUUUACAGGAUUAUGUUUAAGAUGUACAUUGUCUUGUGUGGGUUAGCAACUUCUUGAUAAUAAUAAUACUUUAUUGACAGUCUUACUUCCUUACUUCCUAUAUGUUUUGGUGUGCAAAACUUAUGAUAGAGUGUAUGCAGCAGCUAUGGUUGUUACUGUGUGAUGUUGACUUUUUAAAAACAAAAAAUUAAACUUGACCACAUUUUCAUUGCUUUGAAUGAGUAUGAGUUACAUUUCAUAUAUAAAUACAGAAAAUAAACUAAUUUAGCCCAGUACAGUUAGCAUACAAUGUCAUGUAGUUUACAAGUUCAGUUCAAGAACAGGAAAGGAUC